AUGGGGAAAUCCAGUCGGUCACCCGAGGAGGAAAGAAUACCAGCUAACAAUGUAGCAGCAGCAGCCGCCGCAGCCGCAUUCGUUUCGGUACCAGUCGUAGGGGAAGAAGAUUCUUCUCCGUCAAGAGUGCAGUUACCUUCAGAUUUAGGCACGGUAAGCUUCCGUGAAUCACAAUCUACUGGCGCAGCAGAGGGAGGACUAUCACGACCUGGUUCGGGGGUACUAGCUACUGAGAACAGGUUACGAGUGAACGACUUGGGUAGAGUAGUUAUUCUGCUUGGUUCGUACAAACGCCAGUACGGAGAAACAUCAAACGAACUGAACGAAGGGCGGGAGCUUCCUGAGAGAGGGAAUAAAGAAGAGAAUGGUCCAGCUAACCUAGGAGAUGAGCCCAAAGAAGACUUUGUAGUUGGCUUCCUCGAGAGUGAUGGAGUGUCUGAAGUUGCCCGUGGAUUUCUUCCAAUUGUCGCAGAUGAAGUGGAUGCUUCAGAUUGGGAAAGAUUAACUAAAGUUUCCGAAGAUGGUGAAAGUGUUGAACCGUUCUGCUGUAAUCCGGGUGUUGAAUCGGAUGAAAAUCCUGUCGAACACAGAGCAGGAAAAUGGAACCGCGACAGCUGA